AAAAGAUGCAAAGUGAAACGGAACGCAGUCGUUAAAAAAUGGCGGUGGCACUUGUUAGUUCGGCUCGUCAGGUAGGGAGGCUAACAAAUGCUGCCAGAAGGUUGUAUUCCGACGUGUACCCGAAGAUAACCACUCAUUAUACCAUACAUCCAAGAGAUAAGGACCCAAGAUGGAAAGACAUCAGCAUGGAAAGGAUAGCGGAGGAGACAGAUAUCCUCAUCAUCGGAGGAGGUCCAGCUGGUAUGGCUGCAGCCAUCAGGGCUCGUCAGAUUGCAGAGGAGAAGGGGGCUGAAGUAAGAGUGACUCUCUUAGAGAAGGCAGCAGAGGCAGGUGGCCAUAUCCUAUCGGGAGCCUGCGUGGACCCCAUAGCUCUCAAUGAGCUGAUCCCUGAUUGGAAGGAGAAGGGGGCUCCCAUGAAUACCCCCGUUACGUCCGACAAGUUUGGUCUCCUGACUAAGACUGGGAGGAUUCCUCUUCCUGUAUUUAAAGGUCUUCCUAAUUACAAUCAUGGUAACUACGUGGUGCGUCUGGGUCACCUGGUAAAGUGGCUGGCGGAGCAGGCUGAGGCAGCUGGAGCUGAGGUAUGGCCAGGUUGCGCGGGCGCAGAUCUGAUAUACCGCGACGAUGGGUCGUUGAAGGGUGUGGCCACUGGAGAUGUCGGCAUCGCUAAGGACGGGAGCCCUAAGGACAUGUUUGAACGAGGCAUGGAGUUCCAUUCCAAAAUCACUUUAUUUGCUGAAGGUUGUCACGGUCAUUUAACAAAGAUGGUGUCAAGCAAGUACAAUUUGCGCGAGAAAAGCGAACCUCAAUCGUAUGGUAUUGGCCUGAAGGAGCUCUGGGAAGUUAAACCUGAGAACCACAAGCCCGGCCUAGUGGAACACACGAUAGGCUGGCCUCUAGACAAGAACACGUAUGGAGGCUCGUUCAUAUACCACCUGGCAGUACCGGAGGGGGAGCCUCCACUAGUGGCUGUGGGGUUCGUGGUCGGCCUCGACUACUCCAACCCUUACAUCAGCCCCUUCCGGGAGCUGCAGAGGUUCAAGCUGCAUCCAUACGUCAAGCCCAUGUUUGAAGGCGGCACGCGCGUGGCGUACGGCGCCCGUGCCCUGGUGGAGGGCGGCUGGCAGUGUCUCCCCACGCCCGUGUUCCCGGGCGGCUGCCUCAUCGGAGACACCGCCGGGUACCUCAACGUGCCCCGGAUCAAGGGCACACACAACGCUAUGAAGAGCGGUAUGCUAGCGGCGGAAGCGGCGAUGGAUCUGAUCCUGUCUGGCGAGGCAACCCACGAUAAGGGGGUCGUGCCCUCGCAGUACGAGGACAAACUACGGGAGUCCUACGUUUAUAAGGAGUUGAAGCAAGUCCGCAACUGUCGGCCGUCGUUCCACACUGGGUUGGGUCUGUACGGAGGUUUAGCAUACUCUGCAUUCUCCACCUUCAUGCGCGGGAUGGAACCCUGGACGCUCAGCCAUGGAGGCGCGGACCACGCGAGGCUCAAGCCCGCGAAGGAGUGUCAGCCGAUCGAGUAUCCGAAGCCGGACGGAGUCAUCACCUUCGACUUGCUGUCUUCAGUUGCAUUGACUGGCACGAACCACGAAGCGGACCAGCCAGCGCACUUGACACUGAAAGACGACACGGUGCCCGUUAAGAAUAACCUGGCCGUCUACGACGGACCUGAGGCCAGGUUCUGUCCUGCAGGUGUAUACGAAUUCGUGCCUCUAGAGACGGGUGAUGGGCAGCGGUUACAGAUCAACGCACAGAAUUGUAUUCAUUGCAAGACGUGCGACAUCAAGGACCCGUCACAGAACAUCAACUGGGUGGUUCCCGAGGGCGGUGGCGGGCCCGCGUACAACGGAAUGUAGAUACACCUUAUACCACAUAGUCUUAUCCCUAGAAUUCUAACCUAAUUAGCAUUAACAUAACAAAGCAUAACGCCUGUAUCCUCUAAGGGGUAGGCAGAGGUGUAUAGUAUAUACCCCCACUCCUCGCCAGCUAUGUUUAAGUCUCAUACAAUACAAUACAAAUACACUUUGUUGCAUCAAAAUAAAAAGAAAUAAUUACAAAAAGACUCUUAACUAAGUACAUGGAAAAUGGCGGCCUUAUCGCUUAAAGCGAUUCUCAUGUAAUAGGGGGCGAGCCUAUUGCCAUUAACUUAUUACCAUUGGAGGUCGAGCCAGGAAUUGAACCCGUGACUCUACGAUGAAAUCACGCGUUCUCCGACCAGGACUGUCACGUUUCCAGCAUUAACAUCCUUAUAAUAAGUCCCAAAAAGUUACUGGACGGUUGGUUCGUCCCAUCAACCGGAAUGGCUCUGGUGCAUACUCCACCGCCAUACUCCAUAGCGGGUUUAAGCAGCUGCAUGGAGUAGUCAAAGCUGGGGGUCUAAAAAGGCCAAAAAGCAAUACGUCUUAAAAAGCAAUGUUGCUAUUUAACAUUGAUGAGAUAAAAACUGCCUAUUUCUCCCAUUAGGUAUCGCUACUGUUGAGUGUUCUUAAAUUUAGACAGUACCCCGUACUAUUUGAGUGAACAAACAUAUUUGUUCGGUUAUAUUUUUACACUAUAACCCUCUGUGCAGCGUUUAACUGCAAAAUCAUACCGUUAUAUUUAUUCCCUAAAGAUCGGAAAGAAGAAAAUGUAGAAAAAAAAAUCAAUCAAAACUGUUUUUUUUCGAAUGAUGGCAGCUUUUCGUUUUCGUAACUCAUCCUUCAGACGGGAUGCACUCCACGUUGUUUCACUUUAUAGCAAUUUGUCGCGCGAAUUUUGUUAUUUUCAUAUUGUUAUUUAUGUUUCACUUUUCGGCCAAUGGUCUUGUAACCAAAGCCGCAAUAAAUUAAAAAAAAAAAUAAUUUUAGCUGGUCAGUAUGGAGAUCAAAAUUUAGAAACUUUCAACAGUGCUGCCACCUACAUUUGAGCUUCUAGUUUAUCCUCAUUACUUUUAUAUGUGCAACUGUCAUCACCAUCAUCAAUUUAAGAGCCACGCUAUUUUCAGUGCAGCAUUUUCCAUAUUACUUUUUUUAGGGAAAAAUAGGGCAGUGGUUUCUCUCUUGUCUUCCGUCCCGCAGUACUCUGUCUGACGCAAGUGGGUUGGCGCCCAGAGUAGUCUAUUACAAAGCCAUACUAGGACUCCUGUCCUCCGCCUCUGAAUAGUACUGAUAGUUACUGCUGCCCUCUGUCAGGUUCCAGGCAUUGCAAUAUAGCUUUUUUAAAUUAGUUGCUUUAAUGAGGCCUUUUUGUGUCUACCUCUGGUUGCUAGAGUUUACCAGCCGCUUGAAGGCUACCGCACUAAAUUUUGCACCUUGUUUGUACCAUAACAGUGCCCUUUCUCCCUUGAAAGGGUUGAACGUGAUUAUGUAUGUCCUUUAGGCCUUUAGAAUACUGAGCACAGUGACCAUAUUGGUCAUGCAAGGUAAAAUUUUAAAUCUUUCGAUAGUGCUUCUAACUAAAGUACAGUUGCCGAACUAUCCAUAGUUCAGAGUAUCCAUUGUUGAACUUGAAAAUCAUCUAUACUACCGUUAGUAUCGACACUAUCUUGACUGUUCUUUCAAUAGUCCGAAACAAUACUAUAGAUUGCAUCGAUAGUUUGUU